AUGACAGCGAUCGACCGUAAAUUGGGCGACAGCGGCCAAGAACUAGAGUUGAAGAAAGAGAUAAAUAAUCUUCUUCUUGAACUACGAUCGGUGUCCCAUUUGAUCCCCAUGUAUGACUUAGAAAAGCUCAGAGUUAAACUGGAUCAUUUAUUGCAGAAAGCAUCGGAAAAUACAGCACCUCAACCGCGAAAGUUUAAGUUCAAGAGUAAGCCACUUUCUGACAGAUCAACACCCCGUCACUCGCCAGACUCCGUCAGUACUACUGCUUCAGCUACUGAACUACCAACGAGCACCGGGAAAACAUUGGUGUGCGAUGGAAAGCAAACCCUCUACCAAGGUCUGCGGGACACUUCAUUGACGUACGACAUAAGGAAUGAUCUUUCAGGGGAGAUGAAUGGGAACUCUUCCUCAUUACAUCUGCGUGAUCUGAAUAAAAGUGUAGUGAACUUCAAGGGCCUACAUUUUGACCAUGGCAGCGUUUACGUCGAGAAUGCAAGGGACUGUGUUAUCGCGUUUCAGCUACAGGCGAGUUCCGACGUUCAGAUUCGUCUGUUCAAGCUCUACAAUUGUAAAGUGUACAUCACACGCCUUGGGUCUACUGUACCGCAGACCAUUAUAUUGGAAGAGUGCCGCGAUUGUCAGUUCCAUACUGAUAUGCAGACGGCUGCCGUCGCCGUCCAAGAUUUCAGUAGCAUUGGAAAACUUGGAGAAGAAUACCAAAAGUCAUACCAUUUUGUGCCUUUUGAAACAUACUCAUUUGAUACACAGAGACUUAAGGGCGAGCUUCGGAGGUCUUAA